AUGUCCACUGCUCCCCGACAGCGUGGCUUCGUCGCCCGCACAUUCUCCGACAUCUCCAAUGCUUUCGUCGCCGGCGUGGCGAGGCUCGACAAGUCCCUCUCCCCCUCCGUCACUAUCCAGCGACUGCGGGCGCACACCUUCACGAUCUCCGACAGCGUCUACGUCUUCCACAUCGCCCUCGCCACGCUGUGGUUGACGCUAAUGCAGAUGCCGCCAUUUCCCUACAAGCUCAUAAUCCCAAUAUUGUACGCCAUCGCUCUGCUGGUGCCGCUGACGAGCCAGUUCUUCAUCCCUGCGACACCAGUAUUCGCCUGGCUGCUCACCUUCUACUCAUCGCGGUUCACGCCAACGAGUUGGCGGCCAGCAGUGUCGGUAUCACUACUUCCAACGCUCGAGUCCGUGUUGUACGGCGCCAACAUAUCCGACAUCCUCACCCGCUUCACCCACCCGGUGCUCGAUAUCGUCGCAUGGUUUCCGUACGGCGUCGUCCAUUUCACCUUCCCCUUCGUCGUAGCCGCUUUCCUGUGGCUGUUUCGCCGCAAGGAUAUGCUGCACCUGUGGGCCCGCACGUUCGGGUAUAUGAACCUCGCGGGAGUGCUGAUCCAGCUCGUACUGCCGUGCUCGCCGCCGUGGUACGAGCUCAUCCACGGGCUGACGCCGGCCAACUAUGGCAUGAAGGGCUCGCCAGGCGGGCUCGCGCGCAUCGAUGCUCUAUUCCACUCACAGGGGUACACGAUCGGGUUCACCAACUCGCCGCUCGUGUUCGGCGCCUUUCCGUCCCUCCAUGCGGGCAACGCGACGCUCGAAGCCCUCUUCCUCUCCCACUUCUUCCCGCAAACAACACGCUACGUCUGGGCGUACGCCGGCGUCCUGUACUGGGCGACGAUGUACCUCACCCACCAUUACCUUAUCGACGUCGUUGGCGGCGCCUGCCUCGCCAUCGCAAGCUUCUACUUCUUCCUUCCCGACGAGCUACGCGGGCCCGCAGCACUUACACCCCCACCCAAUCUUAACACUGGCACGAGGAGCAAGUACGACGUUUACGACCUAGAAGACCCUGGACGUGGUGGGAUGAUGCUCUCGGCACGUGAGUUUGACGCCGUCAGCGAGCCGAGCUCAGACGAUGAAGAGGUGGAUAUCACGUAUCGCUCGCCCGUACCGGGUGCGACGUCCUUCCCGCCGUUAGUGCACGAUGCACCUACUGGCAAGAAGCCGAAUGGAACAGCACCAUCAAGAGGAAGGGGUGGCCACCGACAUACUGCCUCGAUUGCCAGCCUCAUUCGUGGCGAUCAGAGAGGGCCGGAGGAUGGCUGGAGCCCAGUUGCAGGUUCAUUCCCCGCCGGGGUUGGGAGAGGCAGGUCUGACUGA